AAAAGGCCUGUUCAGUGAAAAUGACGGAACACCGAGAAUCUCUCCCAUGAUAGGAAAUUCUUAAUUUUCAUGCUUUCUCGAGAAAGCGAGAGAAAAAUCUUUUUUUUCUCUCCCUUCUCGUUACCCUUAACAGAAACUUCUUAACCGUUUCUUCGCUUCUCCACAAAAUGCCGCCUCAAAAUAAGGCGGAGGAGGCAGCGGUCUGCUCCGAUGACAACAUCCAAGUUGCCAAGUUCGCGAAUGGAGGCUGUUGUUUUUGGAUGCCUUGUAACUCUGCCGUCGGACCAAUCUGGUGGCAGCAUUUAGCGGUGUACGACAACGACACCGACUCCGAAUCAUCCAUGCCAUCAAGCGACAAUGAGGCAUGGUGGACGCGAGGGUGGAGGAGAUUCCGAGAAUGGUCGGAGUUGGUGGCCGGCCCUAAAUGGAAGACGUUUGCGCGACGGUUCAAAAAUAACAGAACCGGUAAUGGAGGAGGGAAAUUCCAUUACGAUCCGUUGAGUUACGCCCUUAAUUUCGACGAAGGGCCGGGAGGAAACGGCAACUACGACGAUGAUUAUUUCAAGAGAAACUUCUCUUACAGGUACGCCACGUUACCUCUCUCCACCAAACCCUCCUUGGAUUUCGACAAAGAAUAGCCGUUACUCGUUUGACUGCACGGGAUUUGCUGAAAGUCCAUGCAUGGCUUCUAUUCUUUUAUCUAACAUAACA